AUGAAAUUGGUACAAUUUGGUACGGUGGAGGAUUAUUUCAAUGCUUUAAGAAACAUCAAGGCAGCGCCUAUACUGGAUGGUGAUUUCUUUCCGUAUAUGGACAAACCUCAAAGUGCAACUCCAUACUGGACCGGCUUCUACAAUCAUAGAGCAUAUUUCAAACGUUUUGAAAGGAUUGUUCAGAGUGAACUUCGACUGCUCGAUCUGCUAAGUGUAGCAACUCGAAAGCAACCCCGCAGUGGUGUGGAACUGGCACGUAGAAAUUUGGCGCUCUGUCAGCACCACGAUGCUAUCACCGGCACCAGUACACGUGAUGUGAUGGAUGAUUACAUGCACAGAUACCGAAUUCAAAUCGUUAAUCAGAAGGCAUUUCGUGCACAUGAACUGAUAAAAGUCAAUACAAGCAGUGCUUUGGUUACUGUGUCUCAGGAUGGUGAAGCAGUUAUCGCCCAAGCAGUCCCGAUACAUGGCGUCGAUGAUCUUUAUGAAAUAUCUUUCUUAGCACUACUCGAACCAUUUUCGGCAACAAUUGUCACCAUUCAGCUGGAAAAAAGCCAGUCUGCGGCGACAGUCCUCACGCCGCUCACUGAUCUCACUAAAAGAACAGCAAAGUUAGUUUUUUUAGCAUUUAGUUUGCCGAACACCUCUAAGUUUCCAUAUCCAAGCAAAAGAAAAACAAAUAAAUCCGAAAAGGAGUGGAUUUACUCUGUCAGUUGGUGA